AUGCCUUAUAUCACACCAAAGGUUUUGCAAGAUAAAAAUUUUACAAAAGCAGCUAACAUUUAUGAAUUCAAACUUAUCAUGAUGGAAAUGUCAACUGGGCAAAGAGUUUUUGAUGACAAAUUAUUUACUAUUGGCUCUGUGACAAGUAUUGGCCAAGACAAAGUUAAAA